UGCUGCGCGUUUACCACGGGCACGACUUGGCAAGCUUGGCUUGGAAAGGACGCGUAGGCAGACGUGUGCGAGAUAUAAAAUAUCUCCCUUGAAAACGGUUUCAUGGAAACCUUAUUCUUGUGCCGAUAGUUAAGCACUGUCCAAGGCUAUCUAACGGUCUCGUAGUUGGCCGUCUUGUAUUUGUUUGGGUGUGUGAUUUGCUCGCAGAGCUAAGGAUGAAGUAUCAUUUAAGAUUGAUCGUCAGCUUUGCUCUGUGUAUUUUGACCAGCGGUACUCCUACAAAUGAGAUACCAUCAGGGUUCUUUGCAAACCAUACCAACAACUGGGCCGUCCUGGUGGAUGCAUCUAGAUUCUGGUUCAACUACCGACAUGUGGCCAAUGUGCUUUCUGUCUACAGAAGUGUAAAGAAACUUGGCAUACCAGACAGCCACAUCAUCCUGAUGCUGGCGGAUGACAUGGCCUGCAACCCCCGCAACCCUCGACCCGCCACCGUCUUCAACAAUGCGAACCAGCACAUCAACGUCUAUGGCAGCGACGUGGAAGUUGACUACCGAGGGGACGAGGUGACGGUGGAGCGAUUUGUGCGCCUGCUGACGGGCCGGCUCGAGCCGUCCACGCCGCCCUCCAAGCGCCUGCUCACCGACGACCGCAGCAACGUGCUCAUCUACAUGACGGGUCACGGCGGCGACGGCUUCCUCAAGUUCCAGGACGCCGAGGAGAUCACCAGCACCGAGCUGGCCGACGCCUUCGAGCAGAUGUGGCAGCAGCGCAGGUACAACAACAUAUUCUUCAUGAUCGACACGUGUCAGGCGGCAUCAAUGUACGAAAAGUUUUACUCGCCCAACAUUCUGGCAGUGGCGAGUAGCCAAGUCGGGGAGGACUCGCUAUCUCACCAUUUGGACGCAUCGCUUGGCGUUUACGUCAUCGACAAGUAUACGUACCACGCGCUGGACUUCAUGGAAAAGCUGAGGAAGGAUAGCAAGAAGUCUAUGGCUGACUUUCUGCGGGUGUGUCCCCGUCACCAGUGCGUCUCGACAGUGGGCGUGCGCAGUGACCUGUUCCCGCGCAACCCGGCCGACGUGCGCGUCACAGAGUUUUUCGGCUCCGUGCGGAACGUGGAGCGCACUGACCACGUGGUGGACCUGGGCGAGUCGGCCGCCGAACCGGCCGCGCCGCCUCGGCCAGCAGAGGGGACCGAACCCGCCGCCGCCGCCGCCGCCAACACAUAUAGAUACGUGCCUCAGUUUCCCAUCAUGUCAUAGCCCCGAGUGCAGCACUGAAGUCCGAUCCAGGACUGCAGUUACUCUCAGUUUUCUUUCUCCGUCGUGUCAGUGCUUGUGACGGAGAAAAUAUGUGAUUGCAAAGCUUGCACGAGCGCAACAACGCUCUGCCGCGGGCGAAUUGUGAUGCUUAUUACACAUCGCAUGAGACAGGUUUCUGCUUGCGCAUUAUGAACAUUCUGCUUCGCCCGGUGAGAUUGAGCCGCCGUACCUCGUAUUUUAUUGUCGUGUGUAAUAUAAUGUGGACGUACGCUCCCUUC